UCCAUUUACACGACGUCGCUUUUGGUUUCCUACCUUAGUGUUUUCUUGUCUAUAAAAUCGAACGGUCGGAUUCUGGUACCCGACAAACACAAAAAUUCCCUCACAAUCGCAUGCGAUUAUUCUCAGAUAUGAUUGCAAGUGGAGGGAAUACAGUGACAACGACAUUGUCGCCGGGGAUUUGUCUCGUGUACGGACCGUCCGCGUCUUUGUCCGACAGAGGGUUCGUGAGCUUUUCUGGUGGCAAUUUUGUAAAUCUGAGAUCAAGGCUUUUGUCCAGAAUUAAGGCCAUGGAGGGAUCGAGAGCUUUGAGUAUGAACGGAACGGAUACAAAUGGUCACGCUGGGAAUUCGAGUGAAAAUCAGGAUCUCUUAUCUGGCAUUGGGAAUUCAACCAACAUUGUUUGGCAUGAAUGCUCGGUUGGCAAAGUUGAAAGGCAAAAGUUACUAAAACAAAAGGGAUGUGUCAUAUGGAUCACGGGUCUCAGCGCUUCAGGGAAGAGCUCUGUGGCAUGUGCUUUGAGUCAAAGCUUAUAUCGCAGGGGAAAGCUGUCUUAUGUACUUGAUGGGGACAAUGUUAGGCAUGGGUUGAAUCGUGAUCUUAGCUUUAAAAUGGAAGACCGUGCAGAGAACAUACGGAGGGUUGGUGAGGUUGCAAAGCUCUUUGCUGAUGCUGGAGUCAUUUGCAUUGCUAGCUUGAUUUCUCCAUACAGAAGGGAUCGUGAUGCAUGCCGUGCAUUGCUACCAGAUGGGGAUUUUAUUGAGGUGUUUAUGGAUGUGCCAAUCCAAGUUUGUGAGGCAAGAGACCCAAAAGGUCUAUAUAAGCUAGCACGUGCAGGAAAGAUUAAAGGGUUUACUGGGAUUGAUGAUCCAUAUGAGCCCCCAUUAAAUUGUGAGUUUAUUCUGAAACUUUGGAUGUUGAAACUUGAAGGAAGAAUUUCCUGUGGUGGUUAUCUUUGUAUUUUCUAAAUCAAUGGUUUUUAUUAUUUCACUAGAGAAUUAGCCAAUCAUAAGCCAUUAUUGAUUGUUAGUGGAGCAACAGGGUUCUAGGAGGAGAGACUGAUAUCUAAGCUCUUUUGUAGGACUUAUGCAUGAUGGCACUCAAAAGAUCUAACCUUCUCUCUUUUGCCAAGAUGAACACCUAUAAUAUGUUGGAAAAUAUACCAGAUAAAUUAUAUAACAUCGGACAAACAUGUCAUAGACUUAAAGUAACUCUAGAAUUGCAGGUUCAAUCAGUACCUUGGAAUUGCUUCCAAGCACCAUAACAGUUUCCAUACCUGCAUUAUAGAUAAGCCUGUAUGCAUGUACAGAUUUACUACAGAAGAACGAUGCAUAAGUCAGCCGCUUGUAGUACACAGUCAUUGUUGUUUCUGAGUUUUGAUUCUGGCGUGUAUCAAAAUGUUUGUUGUUAUUGCAUAAAUAGGAAGUUUGAAGCCAAUCCUCUCCCCCUUUCUUUUCUUUUCUUCUUCUUCU